UGUUCCAAAAUAUGUUUGUGGACUUGACAUUGCAUACAGUCGAUAUAAUUUGAUCCACACGAACGAGUAAAUUAAUAAAAAAACAUUGAGUUGUCCGAAAGUGGUAUCAUAUCCCUAAAGAUUGACUGGAUUAUUGUCUGCUGGAGAAUGUGAUGUGUGAGGUGGCUGCUUCAAAUGGUUUCUUCAGAUAUUUAGAAAGGCAUUUUCUAGGAUUUUCUGCUUCAGUGUCGCUUCUGAAUUCCAGGUUUAUCAAAAGAAUUUUCUUAGGAACAGUUGCUACUUUGUGGCAAGGGAGGCUUUUCUUUCAUGUUUUUGUAGAUAAAGCUUGGUGGAUAUCUGUUCCCCGAAGUAGGGCGUCACACAAUGAUUUUAAUUCAUUCUCUCUUGUGUCUUCCGAACAGAUUUUUAAAAUCCUUGAGCAACAAAGGGACAAAGCUCUGGGAGUUAAAAGGCUGUCAAGUCUAUGUCGGUUUUUGCGGUAUACUGGUCUUUGAUUUCAGCUAACACAGAUUCGUGAAAAUAUUAUAUGAUUCCAUUAU